AUGAUAACACGUUUAGAUGCAGCAAGUGCACGGAAACUGAGUGCAGGACAAGUUAUUACAGAUCUUUCAAGUGUUUUAAAGGAGUUGGUGGAGAAUAGUUUAGAUGCUGGGUCUCGUACAAUUACAAUUCGAAUUGAAAAUCACGGUCUUGAUAAAAUUAUGGUGGAUGAUGAUGGUAGUGGAAUGGCGGUAGGUGAUCUAUUAAACAGUGAAGGAACUGUAAGAGAUGACGUUUCUGUACCACUUCUUGUCUGUCGAGCCACAACAAAGUAUAAAAAUGAGGAAAAUACUGCAGUGGCACAAGUGCGAGAUUCACUUGGCUUUCGAGGAGAAGCACUGCAUUGUCUUGCUAACCUAAGUGAAGUUACUAUUCAUACAAUGACUCCAAAUACUCAACCAUCCACCAUCUCCAUCGCAUAUGAUAUUAAGACUCAUUCUACAAGUGUUAAAGUUACACGAGAGCGCCAACAACCGGGUACUACAGUUGUGGUAGAAAAACUUUUUGCAGCUUUGCCUGUACGCCAUGGUGAAUUUAACAAGAAUAGGAAGAAACAGCUUCUCGCUGCUACAUCUCUUAUGAAACAAUAUGCCAUUUCUCAUCCCCAGGUACGUCUAUUAAUGACUCAUUACGCAACUCCGCAAAGUGCACCAACAACGUUAGUUUCUUUAACGGGUACAAAUGAUAUGCAACGUGCUCUAGCAGAAGCUUAUGGUGGACGUUAUCUCGCUAGUAUGGCACGUGUGGAGUGGAAUUGUUCCUUUGCUACUAUUACUGGAUUUGUUUCAAAAUCAAACGCCGGACGACUCUCAUCAGAUAUGCAAAUUCUAGCAUUAGAUGGAAGACUUGUUGAUCUUCCAUUGAUAUCAAAAGCCAUCAGUGAUGCUUAUGCAGAAUGUCAACCAAAUGCUGCCCAACGUGUGUAUCCAGUUUUUUUUCUUCAUCUUGUCUGUGUUGAUAGUCUUCCAUAUGAUGUAAAUUUGGCACCUAACAAACGAAAGGUUUUCUUUAUGGAGGAAGAGAAACAUGCAGAAGAAGUACGGUCACAGGCAAUGCUGACAUUUCGAGCAUCUAGUGAAAGUAUUAACGUAGAAAGACAUGUGCGUAUUGAACAAACAAAACAAGCCGACUGGAGAGCUACAAGAAAUACACAACUCACUCGUAUUCCUGUUUCCGCUACAUCUCUUACACAAUUUACGUAUCGACGUGCAGAACCCACACCUGCACAUUCUUCUUUUGAAGCAGACACCUCAGGUUCUGUAGGGAUGUCAGAUAUGUGUUCCUCUCUUUAUCAAAGUUUUACAAAGGAGACGAUGGAUUCGUCAAAGAAAGCGAAUAGUGAUAAAGGCAGUAAUGAGAGUCAAAGUAAAAGUAGUUGUAGUAGUAGUAGUAGUAGUACUGAUUCUUCUUCUUGUAGUGGUAGAAAUAAUAGUUGUGGUUGUGCUUCUAACAGAAGUAGUAAGAGGAGUAGUUGUUCUUCUACUGGUACGAGUCCUGUAUCCUCACGAUGUUCUUCAGUGAUUGGAGAAUCCAAUAGAGAAGAUGUUUCUUCACUACAUGCAAGGAAGCGAGAACGACUGGAAGGUUCACCAGAUUUUUCUUCUUCUUAUUCUGUAUCGAAAGAUGAUGAUGAUGAAGAUGGUGAUGAUAAAUAUGAAUCACCCAUUGUGUUAACGGAUGAGACAAAUCAACCACGUCCUGCAGGACUUCGAACAGGUAUGCGAUUUCCUUCAUUUAAUGAGUUGGCACAGCAACCUCUUAUACAUGGUAUUUCUGAAUCAAUACCUUUAAAUUUACCACAGGGACGAAAGGGUAAACGUAUGUUUGCUGGUUUAACUGAACAGACGGAGAAGGAACUUGCAAUGCAUUUGGAAAAAAGUUCUUUUAAGAAUAUGACUAUACAUGGUCAAUUUAAUCAUGGUUUUAUUAUAGCUUCACUUAAUGAUGAUUUAUUCGUGAUUGAUCAGCAUGCUGCAGAUGAAAAGUUUAACUAUGAAACUCUUAUGAGAGAAUAUGUUGCAAAACCACAACCUCUCGUGACUUGUGUACCUGUACCAAUGGAUCCACAGGAUGUAGAUUUAGCAGUAGAACACUCUGAAGAGUUACGAAAACAUGGUUUUAUAGUUAAACGUGGUGAAGAUGCCAAUAAGUUGUUGGUAUCUGCAGUUCCUGUACUUCCAUACGAGGUGGUGGGUCCACAUGAUGUUAUGGAGUUAGUCCAGCAGUUAGUACAUUAUGGUACCAUUACGAAACCAAUGCGAUGUGUGUGGCAUUCUAUGGCUACAAAAGCCUGUCGGUCUAGUAUUAUGAUAGGAACUGUACUUUCUGAGAAAACUAUGCGUUCUAUUGUGAGUCGAUUAGGCGAACUUGAGCAGCCAUGGAAUUGUCCUCAUGGACGUCCCACUUUGAGACAUGUUGGUUGCAUCUCUUCUUUGAUGAAUCUGGGAGAUAUUGAAAUAACGAAAUAA